CUUAGUGAAAUAUUUUAAUAUUUUUGUCAAUCAGUAUAUGUUUUUGCAUUGAUUAACACCUUUUCUAAUUAUUAUUAUUAUUAUUUAUUUUUUGAAAACCAAUUCAUUUUAAGGUUCGUAAAGUUCUUGCUUCUCAUGGUCACGGUAGUAGUGGAAGUAAACCAGCUCUCCUGGAAGCUGCACUAUUAGCAGCGGUUAAUUUAUGCAAAGCAUCAACUUAUAUUAAUAUAAAUGAUCGAAAUAAUAUUCUAUUCAUUUUGGUGAAUUCAGUAUAUGCAGAUUUACAGAAUUUAUUAUUCAAUCCAAACAAGCCAUAUCUUCGAAACAAUCAAAAUUUAGCCGAAACUGAAUCAUUACUUACAGAAUUUUUUGUCGCUUAUUUUCGUAUUACACCGCAUAAUAAAAAUCUUUUAAAAGUUUGCCUACAGACAACAUCCCCAGCAAUUUAUCAUACUGUACUCGUUUCUGGGCUAUAUCGGAUUAUUACACAGUCACGUUUACCAUGGUGGCCUGAUGUCAGUCCAUUUUAUUCCAAAUCAACAGAAAUUCGUACAAUGUUUUUAGAAACAUUAAAUCGUGUUAAUCAUCAUCCACCAAUCCGAAUUACGCAAAGUCUCACUUUCAGAGACAAGAUGAAUUUAAAGAAUAAGGAUAAAACUGAAGACAAUUUAAUGAGCAAAUACAAUCUAUUAUUGAAUAUGGUUCGCUUAUUGAAUGCCAACCCGUUAUUAAUGCUUUAUAGUCCACAAACACGAUCAAGUUCCGAUGCUCAGAAGGCUACAUUCGAUUUAAUGAAUGGUUUAAUGUCUUUAAUACAACAAUCGAUUAUGUCUGAUUUAGCCCAAGAAGCUAUGGAUGCCCUGCUUUGUCUUCAUCAACCAGCCAACAUUAGGCUAUGGAAUUUACAUUCACCAGCACAAGCAUUUUGGGAGAUAAGUCCACAAUUGUUGUAUAGUAUUGCUCAAAAAUUAAUCAAUCGUAAUAUACCUAAUUCCUGUGAUGUUUUAAAGUGGUUAAGAGAAAUACUUGUCUGUCGUAUAAAAUUUCUCCAGCAACACUGUGAUUAUGCAAAUGUAUCAGGCUGUUGUACUCUCGGCUUAUUAACAUCUGGUUUAUCAGUUGGUGGAGAUAACAAUUCAUCAAGUAAUAUCAGUGGUAGUAACAAUACAGUUGUUACAACGACAAGUACAUCGACUGCAUCUGUUACAACAACGAAUACAACACAGUCGAAUGCGAAUUCUGGUAUGAAUUACACAGAUGGAGGUGUAUAUAUUGGUCCAGCUCCUGCCGGAAAGACAAAUACUCAAAGCACUUCAUGUCUUAGUCCAUUUCUAGGACCAUUGGGCAUUAAUCCGAAACGAAAUCAGAUGGCUUUGAUCAAACUAGAAACUGUAUUUUUCACUUACUUAUGGUCACUGGAUUUGGAGGCUGUUCUCACUUCAAUGUCAUGCUUUCGACUACUUUGUCAAGAAGCAGAACUUUGGAGUAGUGCCGCCGCUUUAGCUACAAUAACCUCAGCUCCAGAUAACGACAUUUUACAGCGUUCUGAUUGUGAAUGUUAUGCAGUUAAUGCUAAUACAUCUUCUGCUCCGAAUUCAUCAGGAACCUCAGAUUGGAUGGAAGGCGUGGCUUUAAAUAAUCUUAGUGUGGCAGCACAUCUUUACCAUGGUGACACGACUCGCAAAUCCCCUCCAUUUAAUACUGAUCAUAGACUUAUAGUUCCAUCGGUUUCUGUUGAUCAAAGUUCAUCGAGCAGCACACCAUCGGAGACCACAUGUAUACGAUUUCAAAAUUCAUCGUCAUCUUACGAUGGUGAUAAUCGUCGUUCAAAUCUACCUGGAUCUUGUAUUGCCUUGUGUAACUGUGGGUGUCCACUUUGUACCCCUGUCAAUUAUUUGCCAGUAUGUACAAAUAUUGAUGGUAUCCCGACAGCUCCACGAUCUAUUCAAGAUUCUAGCUCACAUUCCAGUUUCAGUACUUCACUCAAUUCCGAUAGUAAUCCUACUUUUUGCACUGAAUAUCCUGAGGACAGUACAACGAACUUUCCUACUCAUACAUCUAAUAAAGGCAUAAGUCCUAUUCCACAUACAGCUAUCUCAUUGGGUAAAUCUUGCCAAUGGUCGCUGCCUGCACAAUGGGCUUUCACUGAUUUCCGCCUUCCAGAUCUUUUACCAGUGUACAAUGUCUACGCUGAAAUAGCUGAGCACAGUCGUUCAAUAGUCACUACAGGUCGUGCUCAUCUACAAAAACAAAUUUUAGCCUUAUUGAGAAAAAUUAAUCACCAAACACAGGGGAACAAGCUCGCUUGGGAGCACACCUACAUGAUUUGGCUACGAAGUACAAAAUUUCUCAUCAACUAUCCAAAAUCAAAAGCUUCUGCUCCACCCAGUGGGUCGGAUGAUCCAUGUUAUGAUAGUGCCGCUAAUUCCACCAAUAACAAUUCAGUGGGCGGAUUCUCUUCUGCAUCUCUUGGUAGUUCACCAUCGAUAUCUAGUGGAUUGGAUUCUAUAACCAAUUCAGUGGACACUGGCGGAGUCAGUAUGAAUAUCGAUGGAUUCUCUUCUGUAACAGGUUCAUCUGGAAUGAUGCUUACAAUAGCCAAUAAUCCUGGUGGAGUUUCUGCAUCAGGUGGUUCGACUGGAACAAGUCCAUUUACUGCUGGAAGUGCAAUCAGUGGUGGGACAAGUCGAUAUUUGGCUGUAAAACGACGUGUUAGUCAACAAUCACCUGUAAAUGAUCAUGAAAUUGAAGAUGUGUUAAAUGAAUGGGCGAAUAUGACAGGAUUCUUGUGUGCACUGGGGUCGGUCGCACUGAAUAUGCCGUUGCCUCAAGGAUCUACACCAUUCUCUGCACAAACAACGUCAUCCAGUUAUUCAUGCGAACAAAGCAAGCUAAAAUCUUUACAAUCCCAUUGUCCACAUUAUCACUACUGUUCUCACCAUUUAUUGGAUCAUGUACAUCAGCAUUUUGAUCCAACCUGUCUAGGAGCAAAUUAUUUUCUUCGAUCUCAUCGAACAAAUUUCAAUAAGAGUACUAGUGAUGUAGAUCAAACAGAUGAAUCACAUAAUCUUAAUAAAUGUCAUACAUUUCAUGGUGCUUGUCUAAGUGAGAUGAAUACUGCAAGACGUUUUUCACUUGUUCAAUCCAGUUUAAAUCAAGACAAUCAAUUCUCACCUGUUGCACAAUUUAUAGGCAACUUAUUAUUAUUAAUUAGUUGUCAACAUGAAAAAUUUGGUCAUCAAAUACAAAAACAUGUGAAAGAAUCAAUUGGUAAUGAAUUAAACCCACUAAUUUAUCCAAUAUUAUUUAAUCAACUACGCAGUCAUGUGGAUGCUUGUUUUUCUGGACAAGGACAACAACAGGUUGUUGUCACAGAGACAAAUACGCUGUUUAUUGAAAAUGUUAUCUUCAUUAUGCGUAGUAUCCUGGAUAAGCGAACAAAAUCUGUGGAUCGAUUAACUGAUCACCUGGAAUUAGUUAGUAUUGAAAGUCUUAUGCUAAAUAUUGUUAGUGCUCAUUCGAACCGGUGGUAUUUUGGCUAUGCCAUAUUAUCGUUCUGUAUUCCCCAGGAAAAAAACACCUAAAACAAUUUAUGCAUGUCGAGGGGAGCUAGAAGUACAUGUAAUAACUAACAUUUAGUUUGCUCAGUUGCAUCUGUUUACUUUUUGAACCCUAUUUGUAAUAUGAUGCCAUGAUAAUUCACUGUAAAUACUUUAAGGCAGUAGCUGUGUAACAAGAGAAGACA